UGCUUCAUUAACGUAAUCACUGCACUCUUCUUGCUCCAUGGAUUCCUCACUUCUUCCUACACCCGCAACAAACUUUUCUCACUUAAUUCCAACCCAGCUCAAUUUAGUUAUAUUAAGGAAUCUGAGGAGAUUCGUCUUGCUAUGUUACCAUUGGAGUUGAUAAAGAGAGUGAGAGAGAUUGAGCAGGAUGUAUACACUGAAUCAGAAACAGCCCAGAAGAAAGACUCGAAGCAGACUGCUGCAGUUGAUCUGUCUAAAAGGUUAAAAGAUACCUGUUCCUUAAAUGACGCUGCCAGCCUGAAAGGUAUCUUUCUUUCCUCCUUGUAAAUCUACUUUGAUUUCUACUUUAUUAUAUGUGCACAUGUUCAAAGAUCGAACUCCGAAUAUGUGAUGCUCAUCACUUCUCUGUUGUCAGAAAAAUAUAAAUUGAGUUGA